UUGUAUAGCUACGUGUACAUACAUGUAUGUGUGCUGUGUUUUUUUUACGUACGUCUGACUACAAAACUAUGCAGAGCUAUGUUGGCGAUAAUCGUCACCGUGUUUGGAAUUUUGACUGUAGACCACACUGAGGGAAAGCAAAUCCUUACAGCGAAAUGUCCAAAAUGGCGUGAUCAUUACACCGACCUCUCCCUUGAAGGAAAGGCAGAGUGUAAACCAUGCACACUUUGCAAACCGGGAUUUAGACAGGUAACGCAUUGUACAAAAGUCGACGACACGCAUUGUGAGCCAUGUAGGCGGGACACGUAUUCCUCUAGUAACGCCAAGCGGUGCCAUCCAUGUAAACACUGUCGGCAAGGAGGAAAAUCCAGACGAAAAUGCACGAAUAUUGAAAAAGCACAGUGUGAAUGCGCGAAAGGAAAAUAUUACAAAAAGGGGAAAUGCAUUCCUUGCACCGAAUGUCUCCCAGGAACCUACGUGACGUCACAGUGCUCGUUAAGAAGGAACACCCAAUGUAAAGAAUGCCCGGAAGGAAAAUAUUACAAAAAGGGGAAAUGCAUUCCUUGCACCGAGUGUCUCCCAGGAACCUACGUGACGUCACAGUGCUCGUUAAGAAGGGACACCCAAUGUAAGGAAUGCCAGGAAGGGACGUAUACCACAAGGACGCCCAAUGCGUCACACUACUGCCUACAAUGUUCGGACUGUCGUUUAGGUGAAAUUAUAGCACAUACAUGUAACUCAACACACGAUACUGUUUGCGGGGAGUGUAGACCAGGAAUGUUCCGGCAGUCGAGCACUUAUGAAUGUGCCCCGUGUUCCCUGUGUUACCCGGAUGUGAAUGGAAGCUACAGCAAUGCUAUCAUUAUUGAUGAGUGUCGUCGGCGGAAUCCCGAUCAGUCCCGGAUAUGCAUGCCCUCCGUCACCACGUUACCGAUUUACGUCAGCAACAGCACAGAAGACGUCGAAACCACUGUCUCAAGUAUAGCAGACAUGAACGUUAUGAAGACACAUGUCCGAUGGAGAUUUUUCGAAGAGGACGAUGAAGGACUAGCACUCUUUAUCACAGCUUGUAUUGUGAUAGUACUGGCUUGCCUAGUGUUGUUUAUUCUUUGUGUAGCAUUUUUACACAGGAAUGCAGUAAAAUGUGGCAAUAUUUGUGUCAAACAUCAAACUACCAAACAACAUGUACCCAGAAAUCUACUGGAAGAGUAUUUAGUAGAACAGAGAUCGUCCCAGUCAUGUUACUUAACAAGGUCAAACAGCGCGAACCUUCAAUGUACAAAGACCAACAGCAAGCAAUCAAGAGGAACAACGAUGUCACUAGAAACAGGGAUAUUGCAUUAUUUUACAGAAAAGGAAUUUUAUCCACCUGUCACGUGGACUAUUGGCGCAGGUUCUCGUUCCGUUUCAUUAUACUCGGAAAUGUUUUCAGUGUCAACAACGGGGACACUUUAAAGCACUAAGAGCGAGAACAAUAGCCGAUUUGAGAAGAACUAUGGCGUUGUUUUUAUAUAAUAUGAAUUACUACGAACUAAGAUAUCACUUACCACUAACAAAUUAAUGUUUUCUUCCAAUUGCUACCAAUGUUAUGUUAAACUAUGAAGGUGAUAUACCUCUUAACAAUGCAAUGAUUUGUAUUAAUGAAAACAUGCCAUGUCUAACACAAUGUUAGUCCUUUUCUUAAGGUAUCUCAGUUCGUGUAGUGUACCUUAAUCAUAAAAAAUGAACAUAAGAAUGGUCUUAUAAAUAAGGACCCAGGAAUCUCGAAAGAAAUCAUAGUAAUGAUAUACAGUAUAUGCCUAUCAAUAUAAACUUUAUUUAUUUAACAAUAAUUAUGAAACAAGUUAUUUCAACUUAUUUUAAUCACUCUUCUUGAACCGGGUGUAACAUGUAGCGCAUGGGGGUCUGAGUGUGGGAGGAAACCGGAGUACCCGGAGAGAACCCACGUGGUCGGGCAAUAUACCCUACAACAGCUAAAAGAUUUCUUGGUAUACAAAAUAAUUAGUUUUAAUUAUAUUGCAUUUAUAUUAUAUUCAAUUUAAUAGAUUCAUUUUAACGUUUAUAUUGUUUAUUACAGUCUGGCUACCAUUAAUGUAAAAGCUACUAGCGCAGCUAAAAUUAAUAUUUUAACAUUUUUUUUGUCAUUAUCGACACAUAGAUGUAAAUAAUUGUCUCUGACAUACAAAAUGUACCAGUAAAACUACCACAACCUAUAUUGCAAAUUUUGGCGACAAAUCCCUGUGUUUUAAAGAGCAGUAGAUAUCAGGCCAUAAACAGACAACCGUCGGCAUUUCGGAGUCAACGCAUAAAGUCAGUCCUAGCGCACAAUAAUAAUUAGACAGCACGCGUUUCUUUGCAGAUACAUACGCACGAAAGUGGAUGUGUGCGUACUCGCAGUAAGCGAGUGCAAUAUUUGACGUCAGGUGCACACGUGCGGUAUUACUUGUAUGACUUUCAUAUUUGUACCAACAAAUGUUCCUGAUAUGUUUAUCAUAUUUCAUUAUAUUUUCCGUUGAAAGAUCAUCGUCAUAAUCCCGUCUUUAUAUUUUGAUUUCAACUGAUUAAGAACGGAGGACAGAGCGACGCCAAAGAGAAAAUAAUGGCGUCACGUUACUGUAGCGUAAAAUGACGCUUUAAUUAUAUUUGGAACCCAUAUGUGUUUUAAUUCGUCAAUUUGAAAAAAAAAAUAUGAUAACAUCUUAAUUUUUCCAGUAAAAGAGAGUUCCGGUUUUAGUCAUAAAAAUUAUGUCUCGCAGCAAAACCUGUCUGUAUUACUAAAAGGUUUAUCGAGCAUGAAUGUUAAACAGUGUUGUCCGGAGGGUUGAAAUAUUUCCAGUCUGUUAUAAUUACAGUCAUUAUUAACUAUCUUUAUAUUGUCUUUGUUGAGAACAGCUCCCUAUGAAAAGAGUGCCUUAAUUGUUUUAUUCACACGUGUUAAGUUAAUGUCAUGACCCUAUUACACAUGUACAUAGUGGUCACGAUAAACAAAGGGGUAAGUAUUUUGACUUAAUACUUGUUAGAAAACGUUUUAUUUUUUAGAAUAGAUGUGCAUGUUUGUUAGCUGUCUGUCCUAACUUACAAAUUAAAAUUAACUUGUCAUUCACAAUAAUGCUUUUUACACGUGUACAAUUUAAAUGGAAUAUUUUAAUUAAUAAACAAGAUAUCCAGUUUCAGAGUGUAUGACAGCAUUUAAGAUCUUGGUUAUAUAGCAUGGUCAAAGCUUAUUUUUAGGUCACCUGAGCUUUAGCGCAAGUGACCUAUUGCUAUCCGUUUUCGUCCGUCGUCGUCCGUCGU